UCCCCCCUCACGUUGCCCUCUCAGAUUAACAUCAGCGGGCCGACUCUCUGAGUAAACGUGUUCUUUCAGCCCAUUCACAGUGGUGUGUGUCCAGGCCUGGCUGAAGUACCGUGUGUGGAAGUGGAGAGAAGUUCCCUCCGCAUCUCAUCAACACUUCUAUAGACGGAGGCCCUUAGCCGCAAAUUAGCCAUCAGAGCAUCUGUGGCCGGCUGCGCUAGCAGCUAGCAAGCAGGACUGCGUGAUUCCGCCGCCGCUAAAGUUCCUCGGCUCUCUUUUUCGAGAUGCCCGCGAUGUUAGAAAAGGGCACCACCGAGAUAUCUGGCAAGAGGAGAGGCCGAAACUCGGUGAAUAACCCGACCAAAAGUUUUACUUCAAACGGGAACAGUAACAAUUCUUGGGAGGAAGGAAGUUCGGGCUCCUCAAGUGAUGACGAGCAUGGUGCAGGCGGGAUGCGAGUGGGUCCGCAGUACCAGGCAGUCGUGCCGGAUUAUGACCCCGAAGUAGCAAAAGCAAGCCAGGAGAGGGAGAACCUGGGAAUGUUGGUGUGGAUUCCUAACCAGAACUUGGCAGAGGCAAAAUUGGACGAGUAUAUUGCAAUAGCCAAAGAGAAACAUGGGUACAAUAUGGAGCAGGCAUUGGGCAUGCUCUUCUGGCACAAGCACAACAUAGAAAAGUCUUUGGCAGACCUGCCCAACUUCACCCCUUUCCCAGAUGAGUGGACAGUGGAGGACAAAGUGCUAUUUGAACAGGGUUUCAGCUUUCAUGGCAAGACUUUCCACCGCAUACAACAGAUGCUUCCAGACAAAUCUAUUGCAAGCCUGGUUAGAUUCUAUUACUCAUGGAAGAAAACACGCAGUAAAACCAGUGUCAUGGACCGGCACGCACGCAAACAAAAGAGAGAUCGUGAGGAGAGUGACGAUGAGGCUGAUGAGACAAGCUGCACCUCCCCAGGUGAUGCGGAAUUGGAGCUGAACAAGGAGGAGAAAAAAGAGCCAACAGGUCUUACAGAAAAGCCGGCACAUGUGAAGAAAGAGGCACAGGGUCUGAUUGGACGGAACCUCCACAGGGCAAAAAGGAAGCCACCCAAAGGCAUGCACCUAAACCAGAGUGACGUGACUGCAAUGUCGAGCAGCGGCUCUGCCGCAACCAGCAUACUGAGGCAGCUGGACAUGGAGCUCGUCGCUACUAAACGACAGAUCCAGAGCAUUAAACAAAGCAACAGUGCACUGAGAGAGAUGCUGGAUACAGGAGUGGAGGAGUUCCGGCCUCCUGAGGUCAGUCAGAAGUUUAAUACACGUUGGACUACAGAGGAGCAACUUCUUGCGGUACAAGCUAUAAGGAAAUAUGGGCGAGAUUUCCAGGCUAUUUCUGAUGUCAUUGGCAACAAGUCAGUGGUCCAGGUGAAAAACUUUUUUGUGAACUACCGGCGACGCUUUAACCUGGACGAGGUACUGCAAGAGUGGGAGGCUGAACACGGCGUGGAAGGCUCGAAAAGCUCUGAGGAGGAGAAGAUGGAGGUGUCGUCUGAGGAGGGCACCACCACUCCUGUACCACCAGAGGACCAGAAGGAGGAACCUACGCCUACAGAAACACAAACCCCCUCAGCUUCUUGAAUGCCCACACCAGACCAAAUGACCUGAAUGCAAUCCAGUUGAUUUUACUGCUGUGCUGAAGAGACACCAGGGCUUCCAUGGCUCCCAGCGUAGCUGCUUCAUAGCAACCAUUCCCACUCCUCUGUCCUUGUCCCCGCUCCUUCCACCCCGCUGAGCCCCAGGACUCUGGCACGUCCUGCCAAACGGAAGUGUAAACCUCCCCAGGUCUGACCAAGGAAUAAGGAUCAUCUUUACAUGGUCUGUGCCAACACAGAUAGGCAGUGGUGCUCCAAGCACCAAGUUCACAUAACCUUCGGAAACAUUGAGGAUGAUGGAUGGAUUUUAUGAUCUCGUCAAAAAAGGAAAAAAGAAAAAAGCUUGACUGUCCCAGCUUCACUAAACUGAAUGGCCUGUAUGAGAAGGUGCUUAUUGAAAUUGCCUGAUUAUUCUCACCUGUUUUAACUCCCCACAAGUGGACUUUCUCUGACCAGUUUCCCUCAUACUCUUUUCCCCUCACAAAUUACUUUAGUGUACCAAAAACAAGUUUUUUGUUCAUCAGUUUAUAAAGCAAUCAGAUUUAAUGUCUUGUGAUUUUAAGUGACUUCUAUCAGCAAUUCUAUCAUGAGCUAAGCUAUGAAUCUAUUUAUUGCUUAAAAAGUGGUUUCAGGAGAAUGAUAAUCUUUCCAGUAAUGAAAGGGUUUAUAUUGAAGAGUUCAGAAUUUUGACAACCGAACCUGUUUUCCAGCUUACUUGAAAAUUGGAUGAACAGUCUUGGUUAUCACUCAGUUUUUUGGUGGAACAUCCAGCGUUGCCACAUUACUCUGCAAACAGCCUUGAUUUUAAGAUAUUAUCGUCUGUGAACUGGCAGAGCUGUGGAAAUGGAAUCAGCCCUCUGGUUUCGCAAAGUGAAGUGUGUUUCAAAUGCAAUCAAGUGAUUUUCCUCUAGUGAACCAAAUAACCGCAGAGCCGUGAAGAGGAAGAAUUUACUGCCUUCUUCCUUCCCUACACUUUUUCAGUCUGUCUUGCUCUGCUCAGUUCCUCAGCGACAUUGUACUGUAAUUCAGACAUCAUUGUGGAGCUCAUGACAGCUGGGGCUUGUCAAAAUUACCCUGCAAAUGCAAGCUUCUCUUACGCUCCAGCACUUCGUGUGUGAUGGAUUUCAGAACAACAACAGUUGAAUCAUGUAAAAGAGAAAACAGAUGUAGGUGUCAGAACUGUUCCUUUUAUCCUUGCAAGAUUUUAAAUUGAUUUUUGUUGUGCCCAUUUAUAAAUAUAGUGGUCCGGGUCUCCCUUAAGAAGGAUUUAAGUGAAUGGGUUAAGUGAUGCCUUAAAGGAAUACUUCAGAGUUUUACAAUGUAAUCCAGUGAAACUGUCUAGUAGUAUGAGUUUAACCUAAUCUCUUUCAUACCUACUUUGCUCGGUAUGGACAAAUGGAACAAAUGAUAGCAAAGCAUUUGAUUUUGUCACAUGGAGUGUGGAAAGUAUAGGUUGAAUAGGUUGGGCCAGAUAUCAGAGACGUGGUUGAAUACAAACUGACAGAUAAUUAAGCCAAUCGAUUAUAUAGAGGCUUUAUUUUUAUUACUCUAAUUGCCAUACAUGUAGACAUCAAACAUCUCAAUUUUCAUACAUGCUUAUGGGGAUUAUAAUAUAUUUUAUCAAGAAUAUAACCGAGGGAUAGAUCUGGAUCUUGUACUUUGAUAAGCCAGUGAAGGUUACAUAGUUUAAUGAAUGCAAGUGUGAAAGUAACAGCUUGUAAGCCAAAUAUCUGAUUAAUCCAACAAUCCCACAUGUAUUAUUUGAUCCACUUUAAUCAUUGUAAUGUGAAACCAAAAGAAAAGAUGCAAACCUAAACUCUGGUGCAGACUUCAGUAAACAAACUAGGUGUGAAAAUAGCUUUAGAAAAAGGUUGACAGCACACCCAAAAUGGAAGCCUAUAAGCAACUGUCCAGUGACAUUCACUGUAAGUGUGUUUUGAGCCAACAGAAUUUUUGUUUUUUUUUUAAAGUACAAGUAUAAAGAAAUAUUGAAAUUAUUUUCCGUGGUAUUCAACUGUGUGCUACAGAUGGAGCUAUAUGCUGCGAUUAGGUUAAAAAACGCUGGAGUAUUCCUUAAAGAUGCUUAAUGGACCAUUCAAGAAUUUUUCCUCCGUAAAUGGUAAGAGUUAUAUAUGAUUAUAGCAAAAGAAAUAUAUAUUAUGUCUGCGAAGGGAGAUUUCUUAACUGGGGCUGACUGCUCAUGUAUU